AUCACUAGCCAACAAUUUUCUUUUGCUUCCAAAACUACAUUAAUUAACCUCCUUAGCCUUUUAUUUGUGUUCCCAAACUUUUUCUUUUCAUUUGAAAAAAGAAACCCAACUCAUAUUUGUUGUCUUAAAAUCAUCAUAUGAAUUACACAGAAACAUACAUUUAAAACCAUAUCUUCCUCUCUCUGAACACUAGUCCAUUUCUAAGGAGAGGAAGAAUAACCCAAAAAAAAAGAGAGGAAAAAUGGCAGUUUGCACCGUCUACACAACUCAACUCAACCCAACAUGCUCAUCAAUCUCCACACCAUCAAAAUCCCACUUGGGAUUUCACCAAAGACAAGUAGUGUUCUACAGCACAGGCAAGAGAGCCACCAGGAGAGGAGGCAAUUCUUCUUCCAUUAGUACCAGCUGCAGCCCCUACGUGAUAACAUGCUCAGCUGGUGACUCACAGACAGUGGUGAUUGGCCUGGCUGCUGACUCCGGGUGUGGCAAGAGCACUUUCAUGAGGCGGUUGACAAGCGUGUUCGGCGGUGCGGCGGAGCCACCUAAGGGAGGGAAUCCGGACUCAAACACUCUGAUCAGUGACACCACAACUGUGAUAUGUCUUGAUGACUAUCACUCUUUGGAUAGAACUGGAAGAAAAGAGCAGGGAGUGACUGCUCUUGACCCAAGAGCUAACAACUUUGAUCUCAUGUACGACCAAGUUAAGGCUCUCAAGGAUGGCAUACCUGUUGAAAAGCCUAUUUACAACCAUGUUUCAGGACUUCUUGACCCCCCUGAGCUCAUCCAACCCCCCAAGAUUCUUGUCAUUGAAGGUCUCCACCCAAUGUAUGAUUCUCGAGUGAGGGACCUCCUGGACUUCAGCAUCUACUUGGACAUUAGCAAUGAGGUUAAGUUUGCAUGGAAAAUUCAGAGGGACAUGGCAGAGCGUGGCCACAGUCUUGAAAGCAUCAAAGCCAGUAUCGAAGCCCGGAAACCCGAUUUCGAUGCCUAUAUUGAUCCACAAAAGCAAUACGCAGAUGCUGUGAUUGAAGUGUUGCCAACUCAACUCAUUCCAGAUGACAAUGAAGGGAAGGUGUUGAGAGUUAAGUUGAUCAUGAAAGAAGGGGUCAAGUAUUUCAGCCCUGUUUACUUGUUCGAUGAAGGAUCCACCAUUUCAUGGAUACCUUGUGGAAGAAAGCUCACCUGUUCUUACCCCGGCAUCAAAUUCGCCUACGGCCCUGACUCCUACUAUGGCAACGAGGUGUCUGUUUUGGAGAUGGAUGGACAAUUUGACAGAUUAGAUGAGCUGAUCUAUGUGGAGAGCCAUCUGAGUAACAUCUCCACCAAGUUCUAUGGAGAAGUCACUCAACAAAUGUUGAAGCAUUCUGAUUUCCCUGGUAGCAACAACGGUACCGGUCUCUUCCAAACCAUUGUUGGAUUAAAGAUAAGAGAUCUAUACGAGCAGAUCACUUCAAGCAGGGCCAAAACUCCAGUACAAGCUUCAAAAGCUUGAUUAAAAUAAUGAAUCAUGAAUGGACACGCCUUGUUUGCCACGGAAUAAAGCCAAUGAGAUCAGCUUAGUCCAGAACAAAAUAUCUCCUUCUUCUUCUUUUUUUCUCUUUUUUAUAAGAACUUUCUGUUGAGCGUUAGGCUAUUCCUAACAAGAAAAGGGAACAGAGAACUCUUCUGUAUGUAUUUAUUUUUUCCUGUGUAUUUCGAUAAUAUGUUGGAUAUCUGUAAUAUAGAGUCAAAAAGCAGAUAAUGAAAAUUCGGUUGGUCAAUGUUUAGAAAAUA